AUGUGGAAAAAAUAUGAAAAGUGUCGCAACCAUUAUUUGCAGUCGCAAUUGAAGUUUUUAACUCCAACAACAAUAAAUGAGAUUGCAAAAUUGCCAGUAGAACAAAUAGUGCCCAAUCAGUGUCAAUAUUACGGCUGCCACAACAACAAGUCGACGUUUUUUGAUGAUCGCGCCGAACUGGCCUAUGGCCUUAGAGCAUUGCCCAAGCUUAUGAAAGAAAUUGGAAGUGAUGAUGCCACGACACAAUUCAGGGCCAUCAACUCAUUAUCGGAAUACGUUCGAAAUCCUUUACAUGCCCAAAGGGCAAUAACACAAUUCCAAAUUGUUAGGAGAUGCCAAAAUAUUUUUUUACGCAUUCGGAUGAAAUAUGAAGAAUCCAAAUAUCGCCAUUUGGACUGCCUAUUAACAAUAUUCUAUUACAUUUCAAAACAUUUGAAUGGUGUCUAUCAAAUAGUACGUAGUAAUCGUUUGUUGGAUCAACUCUAUGAAAUAGCUGCCAAACGUGAUAUGCACAUGAUAAAAGCCUCGGCAAUUUUAUCUCUGCUCAGCGAACAACAUGCCGCAGCAGUGGUUUUAAUAAACUCCUACAAUGUUUUGGAUAAACUGAUAAAUAUUUAUUCGCCUGAUAUAUGUGUUCCAUAUUAUCCCGAAGCAUUGUGGUUACAUCUGCAACAUAUUCUGCAAUAUAUUCCCGAUGAGGCAAUAAAAUGUGGUUUCUUUGAAAUACUUUAUAAACGAAUAAAAGGACGGCUAUUUCAAUACCAUCGGUUCGAUUUAAAAUGUUUUGGUAUGUUGUGUGGUUCGGAUGAAGGCCGGAAGCGUUUUAUGGCCAUUGAUGGCGUCAAAGAAAUGUAUGACAUACUCAAUGAUCCCGUUGAAAAGUUGGAUACCUAUGAAAAUGUUGUGCUUACUUUAAUGAAUGGCAUUCUAUCCAAACCAGUUAUGUGGAGAUGUCGGGAAUUCACAGAUCUGCCUUCGAUUGUAACCGAUAUAGUAAGGAAUACCACAAAUCAAAAGAUGCAGUUGUGUUGUCUUCAGCUUCUACGCGAAUUGGGUGGAAUGCCUUGUAUCAAACGUUAUAUGAAGGCAACAUUUUUGGAACAUUUGAAAAAUAUCGAAUGUGUGUCCAUGAAUAACAAGGAAGCCCACGCUGAACUGUUAUAUUGGCUGCAAAGGGAAGUCUAUCAUACCAGUGCUUUAAAACAAAAACUACAAGACUUUUGA